UACUGAUUAUGUUCACACUGCUUUCCGUACUUUAGGCUCCGGCAUUCACGGCUGCACAUUAAAAUACUCUAUCCAGUGUUUUGGGAUAAAGCCGAUCAGCUGCGAGGUGUUUGGAUUCAGGCCGUUCACGAGCAUUGUCCGCAACCCAUUGAUGACAUUGUCUGGUUAUCAAAAGCAACUUGAACAUCAUUGGACUUGCUGGGGAAAACAAUGAAUUAGCCAAUACCUACUAUGUCAUCUUCACAGCUAGCGCUCAGCACCAUAUUCGAAACUUGGAUACCCCUGCUAAGACUAUUUGUGAGCGGGCUAUCUCUCCCGCCGCUAACGAAUCUUGCCCUGUGGCGAGGUUGUUAACCAUGUUCCAUUAACGGCGUCAUAGUACAAUUAUGGCGCAUGCGCAUGUGCACCUCAAUUGCAUUGGGCUACAGCUUAUCGAGGAUAGCCUUCAGAGCGCUAUUGCAAAAAGGAACGUUCUAAGACAAAGGCACCUCCUGACCGUUCUUGUGGCCUCCAAUCUCGAAGCCUCCGAUUCUCAGCACAUAAGCACAGUCAAAAUCCUCUGUCAGAUUUUGACUUGUCUGAUCGCAGGCUAUGAGACAACGUCCUCUGCACCGACGUGGUGUCUGUGCACUCUGGCUAAUAUCUAGAUAGCCAGAGAGCGCUUCACAAGGCUCUUCGAAUAAUUCCUAUCAAUUCGCUGACUCUAGACGAUAAUGGUGGGAAACUAGAAUAUCUCGACUGGGUUGUUAGCGAGACGCUUAAACUGCAUGCCCCAGUAACCUGGACAAUGAUAGUUGCGACCAAGGAUGACCAAAUAUCAGUGACGAAACCCUUUCUCAGCAGGAGUGGGGAGUCCAGGGAUGUUAUCAAGAUUAGAAAGCAUCAUGAUCACCAUACCCAUUCAGGCUAUCAACAAGGACAUGGGGGAACAAACACGCUUACUCCCUCAGGCACGUUCCCUCUAUUUUGUUUUCCCUGAUGGCGCAUCGAGACAGG